UGUGGAGGAGACUUGAAGUGACAGUAGGUUCACAACAUGACGGACUGGACUCACAGCCGCGCUGCUCACUGAACAGCUCCUUCUUCUGUCCCUGUGAUUUUCAGGCAGGAUGACUUUUUGGUUGGUUUUCUUUCUGUUCCCUGUUGGGAUCGGUCCGUCAGUCGUCACAGGACAGGGGCAUGUUUACACAAACCACUGGGCGGUGCGGAUCCCAAGCGGCCCCGAGCAAGCUGAUGUAGUCGCAGCAAAGUAUGGAUUUAUCAACCUGGGAAAGAUAGGAAGUUUGGAGGAUCAUUACCAUUUCCACCACAGGAGAGUUUUUCGCAGAGCUGCCUACUCUUUGAAGGGCCCCCACAGCUUCAUCCAUAUGGAUCCCAAGGUGGAUUGGGCCCAGCAGCAGGAAGUAAAACCAAGAGUUAAGAGGUAUGCCCAUAGUGACCCAAACGUCAUUAAUUUCAAUGACCCUAAAUGGUCCAACAUGUGGUACAUCCACUGUGAUGAUAAGAGCAGCUACUGUCGGUCAGAGAUGAACAUUGUAUCAGCCUGGCAGAGAGGCUACACCGGCAGAAAUGUGGUGGUCACCAUACUGGAUGAUGGUAUUGAGAGGAACCACCCUGAUCUGGCUCCAAACUAUGACCACCUCGCAAGCUAUGAUGUCAAUGGGAAUGACCAUGACCCUUCACCACGCUAUGACCCUCGCAAUGAAAACAUACAUGGAACACGGUGUGCAGGGGAAGUUGCAGCAGUGGCCAAUAACUCCCACUGCAUCGUUGGGAUUGCCUAUAAUGCUCACAUUGGAGGGAUUCGGAUGCUGGAUGGUGAUGUGACUGAUAUAGUAGAAGCCAAGUCCCUGGGAAUCCGACCUGACUACAUUGACAUAUACAGUGCCAGCUGGGGGCCAAGAGACGAUGGCAAGACAGUGGAUGGCCCAGGACCGUUAACAAAGCAGGCUUUUGAGCAAGGCAUUAAGAAGGGUCGCAAGGGCUUGGGGUGCAUUUUUGUUUGGGCGUCAGGUAACGGAGGUCGGCAGGGUGAUCACUGUUCAUGUGAUGGUUACACCAGCAGUAUCUACACUAUCUCCAUCUCCAGCACCACAGAGAAUGGAAACAAGCCGUGGUACCUGGAGGUCUGCAGCUCCAUAAUAGCCACGACCUACAGCAGUGGAGAGUUUAAUGAAAGGAAGAUUGUGACCACUGACCUCCGGCACCGCUGCACUGAAGCUCAUACCGGCACUUCUGUCUCGGCUCCCAUGGUGGCCGGAAUUAUUGCCCUCGCCCUUGAGGCCAAUCUUUUGCUGACGUGGAGGGAUAUUCAACAUCUUCUGGUAAAGACAUCUAGACCUGUGCACCUGAAAGCUGAUGAUUGGAAGACCAAUGCUGCUGGACACAGAGUCAGCCACUUGUAUGGCUUUGGCCUGGUGGAUGCAGAAGCCAUGGUUGUGGAGGCUUCAAAGUGGAGGACUGUACCUCCUCAGCACACCUGCAGUCAGAGACUUGUGCGAGCCACCAGGUACAUCCAUGCUGGUCAAAAUCUCAACAGCAGCAUUACCACCUCGGGGUGUUCAGUAGAACCUGAGCAGCUCGUGGAUUACCUGGAGCAUGUGGUGGUCAGGGUUCUGAUCGCCCACCCGCGACGAGGAGACCUGGAGAUUAACCUCAUCUCUCCAUCUGGUACAAGAUCACAGCUACUGGCCAAGAGGCUGUUUGACAGUUCCAAUGAGGGCUUCAACAACUGGGAGUUCAUGACGGUUCAUUUUUGGGGCGAGAGGGCAGAAGGCACAUGGACACUGGACAUUACUGACACACCAUCAAAACCACGCAACCCUGAGGUGCUAGGCAACCUAAAGGAAUGGACACUGGUCCUUUAUGGAACAUCUCAGAACCCUUACCAGCCCUACAAAACUCAGCCCUCCCGUUCAAGAACAUUAGAGACCACAGCACCAGAUGAGGUCAUGGAAGAGCAAGAGUUCCAGGAGGGGGAGGAGGAGGAGGAGGAGGAGGAGUACAAUGGACCAUGUCACCAUGAGUGUGGAGACCAGGGCUGUGAUGGACCAGAUGUUGAUCACUGCCGUAACUGUGUCCACUUCAGCUCAGGCAGCUUGAAAAGUGGCAGAACCUGUGUGAGCCACUGUCCACUGGGACACUAUGAGGACAUAGGGGCUCAUCGCUGUAUACGCUGCUAUAAAGGUUGUGAGACAUGUGUUGGCAAAUCAGGUGGACACUGUCUUUCCUGUCGAAGAGGUCUUUACCUCAACCCACUCAACUCUAGUUGCAUUGAUUCCUGCCCCACAGGCUACUUUGCUGAUGAGAAUCAGAGACAGUGUCUGAAGUGUAAUAUCACCUGUAUGAAAUGCCUGAGCUAUGCAGAUAGAUGCAGUGCCUGCAGUGAAGGUUACAGUCUGGCAGGUAUGACCUGUAUUCCUGAAUGCACCAAUGGAACCUUUUUCCAUCUUGAAGAGAUGACGUGCAGCCCAUGCCAUUCCUCUUGUCAGACCUGUACAGGACGAGGUAAGGAGGAGUGUAUCCAGUGUACUAAGGGCUACCUGCAGCAGGAGUGGAGAUGUGUGGAGACCUGUUCUCCUGGCUACUACUCUGCAGAGGCAGCAGGAGUCCCCCAUAAGAUUUGUCAGAGGUGUGAGGAAAACUGUCUGAGCUGCAGUGGCCCAGGAACAACCUGCACAAAAUGCAAAGAGGGUUACAGCCUGGUCAGCAGGACUUGUAUUGUAAAUGCAUCAUGUAGUAAUGCUGAUGAGGUAUUCUGUGACAUGGUCAAGUCCAACCGUCUCUGUGAGAGGAAGCUUUACCGUCAGUUCUGCUGCCAUACCUGUCUGUUGAAUGGAUGAGGAGCCAACACCUCUUUAUGCUUACUCAGUGUUAAAAUAUAGACAACAACUUAAGUGUUGUGAAUGGCUUUAAACUUAAUUAGUUACAUGGAAGUAAAGGUAUGGGGGAUCCGACAGCUCCCCCCCCCCAUCAACGGCUUGCCUUGUCUGCACCAAAUGUUUUUUUUAAAUAAAUAAUUAAUG